AUGGAUAUGUUGGAUGUUCAAGAGAGGUUAGAGUGGAUGAGGUGUGCUAAUAGGACAUACAACUUAUACAUAAAAGGGGUUAAUUCAUUUCUUGAGUUUGCUUUUCGUGACUUAGCAUCAAAUAGUGAUAUAGGAGAGGAGGAUAAGAAGGUACCUUGCCCUUGUAAUCGUUGCAACAAUGUUCAACAUAAAACAAGGGACGAAAUAUAUAGUGACUUGUUGGUGAAUGGAAUUGUGCAAGGGUAUGUUCGCUGGAUUUAUCAUGGAGAAUACAAGCCGCCACAAAAAAAAAGUAGAAAUGAUUUGGGAGAAAGUGCUAAUGAUGAUAUAUUUAGGAUGAUCCAUGACAGGUUUAGUCCUGGAGUCUCAAAUGAUGAGAUAGAUGACAAGUGCGAUGAGGAGCAACAGGGUUCUGAGUUUGAUUAUCCUAGAUUUACUAAGCAUCCAAAUGAGGCAAACAUGUAUGAAAAUUUGAUGAGAGAUGCUCAACAAACUUACCCUGGUUGUGACAAAUUCUCCAAAUUGUCAUUCAUUUUAAAGCUAUUCCAAAUCAAAUGUAUGGAUGGCAUGACUAACAAAGCUUUUACUAAUAUGCUUCAAUUGUUCAAGAAUGCUUUGCCUGAAUGUGCUGAUUUGCCUUCGAAUUAUUAUGAAGCACGUAAGAUGAUUGCUGAUCUUGGUUUCGACUAUAAAAAAAUAGAAGCAUGUGAAAAUGAUUGUAUGUUAUUUUGGAAAGAAAAUGCUAACCUUGAAAAGUGUUCCAUAUGUGAUACUAAGCGCAAUAGAGCUUCUCCAAAAGUACUACGCUAUUUCCCACUAGUUCCAAUGUUGCAAAGGUUGUUUAUGUCAUCUAAAACAGCAAGUGAGAUGAGAUGGCAUUCUGAUAAACGCGAAGAUGAUGGAGUCCUUAAACACCCGACAGAUUGUCAAGCUUGGAAGCAUUUUGAUAAAGAACAUCCUUCUUUUUCUGCAGAGAUACGUAAUGUAAGGCUGGGUUUAGCAAGUGAUGGGUUCAAUCCAUUUGGCGGGCUUAGAAGUGACUAUAGUAUAUGGCCAGUAGUGCUUGUUGUGUACAAUCUUCCUCCAUGGAUGUGUAUGAAACAACCUUACACAAUACUAUCUUUGUUAAUUCCAGGGAAAAGUGGACCUGGAAAUAACAUUGAUAUAUACUUGCAACCAUUAAUUGAGGAGCUAAAAGAAUUGUGGAAAAAUGGAGCCAAGACUUAUGAUGCUUCAAAGGAUUCGUACUUUCAAAUGCGUGCUGCAUUAUUAUGGACCAUAAAUGAUUUUCCAUCUGGGUGGUCUACCAAAGGCUAUAAAGCAUGUCCAUAUUGUAUGAAGGAAACUAGUUCUAUUCGACUACCAAAUUUGGGAAAAUGUUGUUACAUGGAUAAUCGUCGAUUUCUUCCUACCGAUCAUAAAUGGAGAGAUAACAAAUCUUUUAAUGGAAAAGUAGAAACAAGAGGUCCUCCUAAACAUCUAUCUUCGAAUGAGAUUUUAGAGCAACUUAGAGAUCUUGAAGACAUGAAAUUAGGAAAAACAAUGAAAUUGCCAAAGAGAGAUGAUAAUUGGAUAAAGAAAAGUAUUUUUUUUGAAUUGCCUUAUUGGAGUACCCUUUUGCUUCGACACAAUCUUGAUGUCAUGCAUAUUGAAAAAAAUGUACUUGACAAUAUUCUCGGUACUUUGCUGGAUAUUGAUGGGAAGUCAAAAGAUAAUUUAAAGGCUAGACAUGAUCUAAAGCAUUUUAAGGUUAUGAAGUAUCUUGCUCCUAUAUUAAAAAAUAGAAAGUGGCAUAUUCCUCCAGGACUUUACACCUUGUCUAAGGCACAAAAAGAAAAGGUGUGUAAGUUUUUAGAGACUUUGAAGAUUCCUGAUGGAUAUUCUUCUAACAUUUCAAAAUGCAUAAACCUUGACAAGUGUAAAAUAUAUGGUCUAAAAACUCAUGAUUGCCAUGUGCUUAUGGAACAAUUAUUUCCACUUGCAAUUCGUGGGGUAUCCUUACCCAAAGUGAACGAUGUGAUAGUGAAAUUAAGUACAUUUUUCAAGGACCUGUGCUCUAAAACAUUGAAAGUGAAAGAUGUAGAAAAUCUUGAAUGUGAAAUUGUGCUUAUUUUGUGUGAAAUGGAGAAGAUUUUUCUUCCAUCAUUUUUCACUAUCAUGGUCCACUUGUGUGUCCACCUAGCUACUGAAGCAAAAAUUGGUGGACCGGUACAAUAUCGUUGGAUGUAUCCAAUAGAAAGGCUCCUACGUAGAUUUAAAUGUUAUGUUCGAAAUAAGAGUAGGCCGGAGGGUUCCAUCGCGGAAGGUUACAACAUUGAGGAGUGCAUGUACUUUUGUUCAAAGUACUUGCAUGAAAUUGAGACCAAAUUUAAUCAACCCGAGAGGAAUGAUGAUGCGGGAAAUAAUGACUACGAAGGUAUAUCAAUUUUCGCAUCAUCGGGUAUUCCUUUGGGAAAGGCUAAAAGUAGCGAAUAUGAAGAUAGCACAUCUAACAAAAAUUUAGUGGAUUGGUUUCGUGAUCGGGUUAUGGAUCUGCCUAAUGAAGGCAAUGAUCAAGUCGUAAACGAUUUGAAAACUUUGGCUUUAGGUCCUUUGAAAGGUGUUUUGUGUUUAAAUGGAAUUCUUGCAAAUGGAUUUAGAUUUCACACAAGGGAUAUAGAAAUGAAUAGGGUACACCAAAAUAGUGGAGCUAUGGUCAAGGGCGUUGUUGGGAAUACAGAAAAAGAUUAUUGUGGGAUCCUCACUGAGAUACUUGAGAUACAAUAUUUGGAUGGAAAACGUGUGGUGUUGUUUCGUUGUGAUUGGUGGGAUGUUCAUAGGGUUGGAAGAGGUGUUAAGGUUGACAAGCAUGGCAAUGUGAGUGUCAAUAGUCAUUGUUCAUUGCGUACCAAAGAACCCUUUGUGCUCAUGUCUCAAGCUCAACAAGUAUUCUAUGUUAGUGAUGGACUUUAUCAUGAUUGGCUUGUUAUUGUAAAGACCCAUCCAAGGCAUCACUAUAAUGUUCUAGAAAAGGAAGUUAUUGAAAGUGAUGAGGAUGCAUUACAACAACUACAACCAAUGAUGGCUGAAGGCCCUCAUGUCUUAAGCACAAUUAAUUUAGAGGAGACUCAUGAUCCACCUUUUGAAAUAAGUGAUGAUGUUGGUGAAAUCGUCAUAGAUGCCACUGAGGAAAAUCAACCCAAAGAUUUCAGUUCUGAAGAAAAUGAACAAUUUGAUGAUGACGAUUUACUAGAGGAUGAUGAAGAUGAUAGUGAGAGUGACCAAGAGAGUGAUAAUGAUGAUGAUAUUGAUCUUGCUUGA